GCGGACAUUCAUAAGGCUCUGAAAGUCUUAUGUAAUACUCUGCAAUCACUUGGAGAUCUGUGGACAACGGAGAAGUGGAUGGUCCGAUGCAGAUAUGAUUCCUCAAUGAAAUUGCAACACUCUGAGUUAGAGCACAUUUCUUUGUUGAUGCUCGAAGACAUUAUUAAGCUAGCACGGGGGAGGCUGUGUGAUGAGAUGGAUGAUGACGAUGAAGAUGAUAAUAUGAGUGACUACAGGCCUGCAGGAAAUGCGUUUUCAACGGUGUUUUCUGCCACUUAUUUUGAUAACAGAUCAUCGUAUUGUGGAUCUCCGAUGACUCCUACUUCGGUCCUUCAAGGAGCGUGGAACUCUCCAACUUGCUCGGAGAAGGGGGCGUCGUAUUCACCCCAUGAUCUCAUGUCGGCUAGAAGUGGGAAACUAAGCCCCAUGGACAUGAAGCGCCUCUCAUUCCAUAUGAUUCCUCAUGCAGUUACUAUUUCCCAAGAUCCUAAAACAUGGCCUUGUUUGCAAACACUUCUUGAGUUGCCUAUUCCACCAUCAUCGCCGCCACCACUAAUUACACCUAGCAAAUUGACAGUCGCACCCCCUCCACCACCGCCACUCAGUAGUACACCAAUCAGGUUGCCAGUGCCACCCCCUCCACCUCCACUCGCGAUGACCGCAUCAAAGGGAAACGGACCAGCUAUUCCACCGCCGCCUCCUCCACCCGUGGGCGCAUCAAACAGGCAGCCACCACUGCCACCAUUGGCACCAACAUUAAACGGAUCAGCUCCACCACCCCCUCCCGGGCCUGCCUGCCUUAGUCCAAAGAAAUCAGCAAGCAAAUUGAAGAGGUCUGCACACAUGGGAAAUCUGUAUCGAACUCUCAAAGGCAAAGUAGAAGGAUUGGCUACAUAUGGAAAAUCAGCAGGGCGAAAGGCUAAAGUCGGAGGAGGAACCUCCAAUGGAGGGAAACAAGGAAUGGCCGAUGCAUUAGCAGAGAUGACAAAAAGGUCAGCAUAUUUCAUGCAAAUUGAAGAAGAUGUCAAGAAUUAUGAGGCAGUGAUAAAGGAGUUGAAAACUUCCAUCGGGUCCUUCCAGCCAUCCGACAUGGCCGAGCUCAUCAAAUUCCACAAACACGUAGAAUCUCACCUCGAAAAACUAACAGAUGAACCUCAGGUGCUAGCAAGAUUUGAGGAUUUCCCAAGCAAGAAACUGGAAGCUAUAAGGAUGUCAGCAACUCUGCAUCUAAAGUUAGAUGCAAUCGUCACCACUCUGCUCAACUGGCAAAUAGUCGCACCUGCUGGCAAACUCCUCGACAAAGCUGAAGCUUACUUCAACAAGAUCAAGGUAGAACUCGAUGCACUAGAGCGGACUAAAGACGAAGAGCUGAAGAGAUUCCAAGCUCAGAAAAUCAUUGAUUUCGGAAUCCUAGUACGCAUCAAAGAAAUGAUGGUUGAUGUUUCUUCUAGCUGCAUGGAGUUGGCUCUUAAGGAGAAGAAAGAAGCCAAUGCUAAAGAAAUGAAAGAACAAAAUAGUGGAGGGAAGAGUGUAUCAUCAAAGAUCCUAUGGAGGGCCUUCCAGUUUGCAUUCCGUGUCUACACAUUCGCCGGUGGACACGACGACCGCGCCGACAAGCUCACUAGGGAAGUGGCACAUGAAAUUGAGAGCCAUAACUAAUCAAAGACUACGCAGGACACCAUCCCAAUGUUCGUUUUGUCACAUAAAAAGCCAAUCCCCACUCCCCAAAAAACAAGCCCUAUAUAUAAAAUAUAGAUGCUUGAGACGCUAUUUAUUGAACUUGCUGGCAUUUCCAAGUGUAUAUGAUUCAGUAAA